AUGGACUUGCACAAGGGCAUCGAGGAGGGCAUCUCCGACCUCGCCCUUCUCGACAUGCUUACUGCUCCAGAUCUUCCUACUCCCAAACGAGCAAUGAGAAGAAGGGACUCGGACCUAGACCCUCUGCUCCUUGCGGCAGCGGCCGCGUACGGACCGCACGUCACUCGCAACCAUUACGCCCAUGACUUCUUCCCUGCACUGAGCGACCCCCGUUCCGAGGGGGCGUACGACUGGACUCGAUGGCGAGGGGAAACAAAGCAGGAGCGCAAACCCCGUCUCAAAUAUGUCAGUAGACAGGCCCCGCGAAGCCAGAAGCUGAAGGAGGAGAGGGAGAAGGAGAACGGGCAGACCAAGGACGCUGAUGUUUUGCGCCGCUCAGACAACCUUCCUCCCAAAGUUCUAGUGGCCACACCAUCCUCCUCUGCAGCUCCCUUACGGUCGAGUACCGAUGCCGCCGCAUCUCCGGUACCCGCUCCUCCGCAAGAUCUCGAAGUCAAGUGCAUGGCCCGUACCCGGGUCCCCACUCCCCACGGCCCCGUCUUCCUCCACAUAUACCACAAUAACCGUGACAACAAGGAGCACCUUGCAAUCGUCGUGGAUCCGGCGCAAUACCUAGACGAUUCCCCCGGCGCCCCUGCUAUUCGCAGCCACUCAUUAGAUGCCGUCUGGUCGGAAGCUGAGACGGAGAUGGACCGCAUCACGCGUGGUGCGUAUGUCGGACGUCUGUCUCCCUCUUCGCAGAUUCCCUCAACACCAUCCGAAUACCCCGACACCACCACGGACGCCAUCCCGUCUCCGCUGGUUCGUAUCCACUCCGAGUGCUUUACGGGCGAGACGAUCGGCAGCAUGCGGUGCGACUGCGGCGAGCAGCUCGAUGAAGCCAUCCGGCAGAUCUCGCAGCCAAUCAUGCUGCCGUCCUCCGCCCCAAGCUCAGAGCCCGUAUCCAUCCCGGGGCGGGGCGCGGUCGUGUACCUCCGCCAGGAGGGCCGCGGGAUCGGCCUGCUCUCGAAGAUCCGUGCAUAUAACCUACAAGACCUCGGGCACGACACGGUGACGGCGAACCUGAUGCUCGGACACAAGGCGGACGAACGGGGGUACGAGAUCGCCGCGGCGAUCUUGCGCGACCUGGGGCUCGGGACGGAGGCGGGCGAGGGCGUGCGGUUGCUGACGAACAACCCGGACAAGGUGCAGGCCCUGGAAGGCGAGGGCAUGCGGAUCGUCGAGCGGGUGCCGAUGGUCCCUCGGUCGUGGCGGCGGAGGCAGCACGCGCAUGCGCAGGGCAAGGAGGAAGCAGCGGGCUUGACGAUGAUUGGUGGCGGGGAGGUGUACGGGGAGGACCUGGACAAGUACCUGCGGACGAAAGUGCUCAAAAUGGGGCAUAUGUUGCCCCUCGCUGAGGAUUUGUAG